UUAAAAUUACGAACUAUCACGACCUGCCCAGGUGAGACCGCCCCGUGUCUCUCGCAUUCCAGCCUGACAUUCUCGGCCGCGCGCGGCGAUGGUUGUGCCAUCGUUGCCCGAUCGGCCGGUGGUCUUUUAUGGAUUUCGACACAUGAACAUGAAAAUUUUGGCAAUGCCGUGCCGAUGGUAGGGCGCAAUUCACAUCGUACAAUUUCGGGCUAUAUAUAACCGCCACCGUAUACCAGUCAUCGAAUCAGUUGUCGUCUGUGAGCCAUCUCAGCUCGGAUCAUCAGCCACUCUCUCGAAAAGAAGAAUCUACCUGUAGCUAUGAAGCUGAUAAUCGCCUUUGCCGCCAUCGUUGCCGUCGCCCUCGCGGCACCCGCGCACGACGACAGCCAAACUGUGGUCGUGAAAGAGACGCCAUUGGACAACAUCGGUAUUGAUGGAUACAAUUUCGGUUACGAGCUCUCCGACGGUCAAGCUCAUCAAGAAUCCGCCCAGCUGGUGAAUGCCGGUCAAGAGAACGAAAGUCUUGUCGUCCGCGGUAGCUUCAGCUACGUCGACCCGGAGACUAACGUCAGGUACACCGUCAACUACGUCGCCGACGAGAAUGGAUUCCAUCCCGAGGGAGCGCAUCUGCCGUCCGUUUAAAUUCUGCAAGACUCGUAUCUGUGUUUCUACAUUUUUGAUUUACUCGUCCAAUUUCCAGCCCUGCGAUUGCGCUUGAAGAAACACGAUUAUCUCAAUCUCUCGAUCACAGCGCAAUCUCAAUGGACACAUACACACAUGACAAAUCUAGCUUUAAAUAAAUUGAUCUUUACAUAAU